AUGGCGCUCCUGGAUAUCGUCGGUGUCACUGUCACCGCUGUUACCACACCCUCCACGCUGUUCUUCCUCCUCCUCGCGACUGUUCCUCUCUUUGGCAUAUAUGUAGCUGUAUACACCCUUUCCCGCCGCGUGCCAUGGCCCGCCAACGCGCCGCCCAUCGCCCUCGACAACUACCCGAUCACGGGCUCCUGGGGUUUCUGGGGCCGGCGCUGGAGCUGGCAUCGCCGCCAGCGCGACGCGACACCCUCAGGCAACUUCGCGUUCCACGCCGGCCCCAACACCAUCGUCGGCCUGUCGGGUGACGCGGGCCGACGCCUAUUCUUCGAGUCCAAGGACCUGGGGUUCAGCGAGGGCUACGCCGUGCUCUUUGGCCAGUCGCCCACAGUCGAGGCCCUCGACGUGGGCGAGGGCAAGGAUCACGACAUCAACAACCACUUCAUCCGCCGCAUCGUCUUCCUGCUGAAGAACGAGCAGUUCCGCCGCAAGCUGCCGACUCUCAUCGCCGACACCCAGGAGGCCAUGGACGCCAUCGGCAACGACCCCAGCGGCGUCACCAACCCCUUCGAGAGCCUGUACCACAUCGUGUUCCGUCUGACGAUCCGCAUGGUAGGCGCCGACGACAUCGCCGACGACGCACAGCUUCUCGAGCAGACGCUGGCGCUGUUCGAGACAAUCGAAGCCAGCGCGACCGCCACCUCCGUCAUGUUCCCCAAGGUGCCCUCGCCGGCCCUGCUGAAGCGUACUUACGCCGGUACAAAGUUGUACUUUCUGAUCGAGGGCAUCAUCAAGAAGCGCACGGCGAGCGGCGAGAAACACGACGACGCCCUGCAGUACAUGCUCGACCAGGGCGAUCGGACGUUCCGUAUCAUCGAGUUCGUCGUCGGGGCUUUGUUCGCGGGGCUUCUGAACAGCGGCAUCAACGCGGCGUGGGUUGCCUGCUACUUGGCUUGCUCUCCCGAAUGGCUCGCCAAGGCCCAAGACGAAGUCCGCGCCGCCGCCGCCAAGUAUGCCCGGGACCCUUCCGCGCCCUUGCGCUAUCAGCUCGAUGAUGUCCCCUUGGAGGCCUGGGAGUCCGAGUUUCCCGUCAUCGACAUGUGUCUCCGCGACUCGAUCCGCCUGAACUUGCUGGGCACUGCCUUCAGGAAGAAUACCAGCGGCCGCCCGAUUCCUACAGGACACGGCAACGAAGUGAUACCGCCUGGCGCCUUCGUCACUUAUGCGACAGGCGACAUCCAUCUCGAUCCCCAAGUGUACCCCGACCCGCUGAAAUGGGAUCCCGCCAGAUAUCUGCCCGACCGCGCCGAGGACAAGAAGAAGCCCGAUGCGUUCGUUGGGUGGGGUACAGGCCGACAUCCAUGCUUGGGCGUCCGCUUCGCCAAGCUCGAGCAGAACAUCAUUACUGCCUACUUCAUUGCCUCAUUCGACUUUAGCCUCGAGGAUGAGAAGGGCAACAAGGUCACCACACCACCACAGGUUGAUGUCGAGCGUCACUCUGCCCACAAACCGAACCCUCCGCAAUUCCUUCGGGUUACUCCAAAGUACAAGUAG